AUGAGCGGGAGCGGCGCGGCGCCUGGCCCGGGCUCGGGCUCCUCCCCGGCCGCUUGCCGUUUCGCGCACUACUUCGUGCUGUGCGGGAUCGACGCGGACAGCGGCCUGGAGCCCGACGAGCUGGCGGUUUUGUACCAAUGGCUAGAAGCAGAUCGUCAUGGCAAGAGCCAAGGUGCUGCAAAUACGACUUCAGGUGAAAAUUUUGACCAGAGUCCUUUGAGAAGAACAUUCAAAUCCAAAGUUCUGGCCCACUAUCCUCAGAAUAUAGAAUGGAACCCUUUCGAUCAAGAUGCAGUAAACAUGUUGUGCAUGCCUAAAGGACUAUCUUUCAGAACACAAACUGACAAUAAAGACCCUCAGUUCCACUCAUUUAUAAUUACCCGGGAAGAUGGUUCUCGUACCUACGGUUUUGUUCUCACUUUUUAUGAAGAAGUUACAAGUAAGCAAAUCUGCACAGCAAUGCAGACGCUCUACCAGAUGCACAACGCAGAGCAUUACAGCAGCUUGUACGCGUCAUCCUCCUGCAGCAUGGACUCACUGGCAAGCAGUAUUGACGAGGGAGAUACAACUUCCCUUUUGAAACUCCAGCGAUACAACUCUUAUGACAUCAGCAGAGACACCCUGUAUGUUUCAAAAAGUAUAUGUUUGAUCACACCGCUGCCUUUCAUGCAGGCCUGCAAGAAAUUCCUUAUUCAGCUUUACAAGGCAGUUACCUCACAGCAGCCACCACCCUUGCCGCUUGAGAGCUACAUCCAUAAUAUUCUCUAUGAGGUGCCCCUUCCUCCUCCAGGGAGAUCACUGAAAUUUUAUGGUGUUUAUGAACCCGUCAUCUGUCAGAGGCCGGGCCCCAGUGAACUUCCUCUCUCCGAUUACCCGCUCCGAGAGGUCUUCGAGCUCCUGGGCCUGGAGAACUUGGUACAGGUGUUUACCUGUGUUCUUUUAGAGAUGCAGAUCCUUCUCUACUCACAAGAUUAUCAACGCCUGAUGACUGUGGCGGAAGGCAUCACCACACUUCUGUUCCCAUUUCAGUGGCAACAUGUUUAUGUGCCCAUCCUCCCUGCUUCUCUGCUACAUUUUCUUGAUGCUCCUGUCCCUUAUCUGAUGGGCCUUCAGUCAAAAGAAGGAACUGACCGUUCUAAGCUAGAACUUCCUCAAGAGGCUAAUUUGUGUUUUGUGGAUAUUGACAACCAUUUUAUUGAGUUGCCUGAAGAAUUUCCACAGUUCCCCAAUAAAGUAGAUUUUAUCCAGGAACUCUCUGAAAUUCUUCUUCAAUUUGGGAUCCCUCCUGAGGGCAGCCUACAUUGUAGUGAGAGUGCCACCAAGCUAAAGAAUCUGGUUCUGAAAGACUUGGUCAAUGACAAGAAGAAUGGCAACGUCUCUGCUAAUAACAUUAGCAUGUAUGAGUUACUGAAGGGCAACGAAACCAUAGCCCGCCUCCAGGCUCUAGCCAAGCGGACUGGUGUGACCAUGGAAAAAAUGGACCUCUCUGCCUCUUUGAGUGAAAAAGAAAAAGAUUUAAAACUGCAGUGUGAAGAGGCAGAACUAAGGGACUACCAGCUCAACGUACAGCUCCGAGAGGUCUUUGCUAACCGCUUUACGCAGAUGUUUGCAGAUUAUGAAGCGUUUGUGAUUCAGACUGCUCAGGACAUGGAAUCUUGGCUGACCAACCGGGAACAGAUGCAGAACUUUGACAAAGCUUCCUUUCUGUCUGACCAGCCUGAACCUUACCUGCCAUUUCUUUCACGCUUCAUUGAAACACAGAUGUUUGCCACCUUUAUUGAUAAUAAAAUUAUGUCUCAGUGGGAAGAGAAAGAUCCUUUGCUUCGAGUCUUUGACUCUCGGAUUGAGAAGAUAAGACUGUAUAAUGUAAGGGCACCCACCUUGAGGACAUCUAUAUAUCAGAAAUGCAGCACUUUAAAAGAAGCAGCCCAGUCAAUUGAGCAGCGGCUGAUGAAAAUGGAUCACACUGCAAUCCACCCACAUCUACUUGAUAUGAAAAUUGGUCAAGGCAAAUAUGAGCAAGGGUUCUUUCCAAAGUUACAGUCUGAUGUCUUGGCAACAGGACCAGCUAAUAACAAUCGCUGGGUAAGUCGGAGUGCCACUGCACAGCGCCGGAAAGACCGCCUUCGCCAACAUUCCGAGCACGUUGGGCUGGACAACGACUUGAGGGAGAAAUACAUGCAAGAGGCACGAAGUUUAGGAAAAAACCUGAGGCAACCCAAAUUGUCAGACCUCUCUCCUGCAGUGAUUGCACAAACCAACUGGAAAUUUGUAGAAGGCUUAUUAAAAGAAUGUAGAAUGAAGACAAAACGCAUGUUGGUGGAAAAGAUGGGACACGAAGCAGUGGAACUGGGCCAUGGGGAAGCAAACAUAACCGGCUUGGAGGAGAACACCCUGAUCGCCAGCCUCUGUGACCUGCUGGAAAGGAUAUGGAGCCAUGGCUUGCAGGUCAAGCAGGGGAAGUCAGCUUUGUGGUCACAUUUAAUUCAGUUUCAGGACAGAGAAGAGAAACAAGAGCACCUUGCAGAAUCACCAGUUGCCCUUGGACCAGAAAGAAGAAAAUCUGACUCAGGAGUUAUGUUGCCAACACUCAGGGUCUCUCUUAUCCAAGACAUGAGGCAUAUUCAAAACAUGGGUGAGAUCAAGACUGAUGUCGGACGAGCUCGAGCAUGGAUAAGAUUGUCUCUAGAAAAGAAGCUCUUGUCCCAGCAUCUCAAGCAGUUGCUCUCUAACCAACUGCUCACAAAGAAGCUUUAUAAACGUUAUGCUUUUCUACGUUGUGAAGAAGAAAGAGAGCAGUUUCUUUACCAUCUUCUUUCCCUCAAUGCUGUGGACUAUUUCUGCUUCACCAGUGUGUUCACCACUAUCAUGAUUCCGUAUAGGUCAGUGAUCAUUCCCAUCAAAAAGCUGAGCAAUGCGAUCAUCACAUCGAACCCUUGGAUCUGUGUAUCAGGAGAACUGGGAGACACGGGAGUAAUGCAGAUUCCCAAAAAUCUCCUCGAAAUGACUUUUGAAUGCCAGAACCUGGGGAAGCUGACUACUGUUCAGAUUGGUCACGAUAACUCAGGACUGUUAGCCAAAUGGCUAGUGGAUUGUGUCAUGGUCAGAAACGAAAUCACAGGACAUACAUACAGGUUCCCGUGCGGGCGGUGGCUGGGGAAAGGCAUUGAUGAUGGAAGCCUGGAGAGAAUUCUCAUUGGAGAAUUGAUGACAUCAGCAGCAGAUGAGGAUCUAGUGAAGCAGUGUCGGACUCCACCCCAGCAGAAAUCACCCACCAUGGCCAGGAGACUAAGCAUCACUUCACUGACAGGAAAAACUACCAAACCCAAUGCUGGACAGAUCCAAGAAGGAAUUGGAGAAGCUGUGAACAAUAUCGUGAAACAUUUUCACAAACCUGAAAAAGAGAGAGGAAGCCUCACUGUGUUGCUGUGUGGAGAGAGUGGCUUAGUUGCAGCACUUGAGCAAGUUUUCCACCAUGGCUUCAAAUCUGCUCGCAUCUUUCACAAGAACGUCUUCAUCUGGGACUUCAUAGAGAGAGCAGUUGCUUAUUUUGAAACAACUGACCAGAUUCUAGACAAUGAAGAUGAUGUCCUCAUUCAGAAAUCAUCCUGCAAAACCUUCUGCCACUAUGUAAAUGCUAUUAAUACUGCACCCAGGAACAUUGGGAAGGACGGCAAAUUCCAGAUUUUAGUUUGCCUUGGAACACGGGAUCGCCUGCUCCCACAGUGGAUUCCGCUGUUAGCUGAGUGUCCUGCCAUCACCCGAAUGUAUGAGGAGAGUGCCCUCCUGCGAGAUCGCAUGACCGUCAACUCCCUCAUCCGCAUUCUGCAGACCAUCCAGGACUUCACUAUAGUCUUAGAAGGCUCACUCAUCAAAGGAGUGGAUGUGUAACCCAAUUAGCUAGAAACUCGCAGUCCAGACCCCUUGUUCCUGAGCCUUCCCCAACGACGGGGACCGAUUUGGACUUGUCUGCUGAGGUAGUGAGUCACUGCAGGGGGCAACACACCGUAUCCCCCAAUUUGAACAAUGCUGACACUACAGACAAGGUAAAGUGCUGUAUUGUAGUUCAUUUGAACCUGGAAUUUAGUAUAAAAUAGAGUAUUUUCAUGUGUUA